AAAAUGCUUUGCAACCUUCGUAGACUUUCAAGAACAACUCUAAAGUUGUCAACAAAACAACAACAACAAUAUCGUACCAUCUUCUCCGUCUCAUCUAUUCAAUAUGCCAAGAAGAAGGGUGGUGUUAGUGAUGAAGAAAUGAGUAGGAUUUUAAAUUCCGUCAAUAAAAGUAAAUCAUCUGCUGCAGCAAAGGAAGAACAAGAACUUGAAGAAUUACAAGCCUUGUUAGAAGAUGAAGAAAUUUUGACAAAACAAGAAAGAAAACCAAAGGCUACUACUACUUCUACUACUUCAAAUAAUAAUAAUAAUAAUACUAGAAACAAACCACUCGGAUCCAUAAUAGAUGAAGAUGUUGAUAUUGAUGAUGUUGAAAUGGAUAAAAUGUUGAAAGAAUUGGGACUUUCUGGAAGAUGGGAUCAAUAUAAGGAUAUGAUUAAUUCUUUUGAUAAUGGUACAGGAGGUAAUGGAAUGAAUGAACAACUUAUUGAAGAUGAAGGUGAUUUGAGUUAUGAAGAUAAGAAUGCUUACAAAUUAUUUGGACAAAAUUAUAUGGAUUCAUUGAAGAAUGAAUUUGAUAGUCCUGAAAUUUUCAACUUUAUUAAGAAUCAAGCUGAUACAAAGGGAGGUGAUUUUGCUUCUGCUGCUGCAGCUGCUGCUGUCAACUCUGCAUCAAAGAAGGUUGAAAAGACUCCAUCCACUGCCAAACCAACAGGUAAAUCUGCUACUACUACUACUUCUACUUCUACUACUGCCACACCUGUUGCUAAUAAUUCUCAAAAGAAAUCAACAAGUAAUUCAACAACAACAACUAAACUAUCAAUGGAUGAUAUCAGUAAGAUGGAUUUGAAUAUUUCACCUGAAGAAGUUAUGAAAGAUUUCCAAAAUCCAGCCAUGAAAAAGAUGAUGAAACAAGUUCUUGGUGUUGAUUCUGAGGAACAAUUACAAAAGUUUGAAAGUGAUUUGAAAGCCACUCUUGGACAAGGUAAAUCUCUUAAGGAUAUGGAAGAUGAACUUGAAAAGGAAAUGAAAGAAUUGGAAUCAUUAUUUGGUUUCGCUAAGGAUUUGGCUAAAGGAAAGAAGAAACCUUCCAAAAAGUAAAAGUACACAAAUUUAUUAUUUUAUGAU